AUGAAGAUUCUUAGCUUGGCCAUUGGCCUUCUUUCGGGGCUGGCAGCCACAGUUGAAGCUAUCACUGUGACAAGCUCGACCGCCUCGUAUGUUGUCGACACAGCGAGCUCUUACAAUUUCAUUGUCACAAUCAGCCGCUCCACCUGUGAUAUAACCUCCAUUAAGUUCUAUGGUUCAGAGUAUCAGAACCAGGGAACUUACAGCCAUAUUGCUUCUGGACUUGGAAGUGGAACCAGUGUUUCCUAUACAACAAGCCCCUCUGGAGACACUGUUAUCUUCAAGUGUACACAGAGCAGUUCUAGCUUCGACCUUGACCACUAUCUUGUGUUCCGAGAUGGGUCGGCUAAUAUCUGGAUGGGAACCAACAUUCGGUCAGAACCUACUGUUGGCGAACUCCGAUAUAUCUUCAGAUUGAAUGACUUGAACGUGCCUUACCCCCAUGGAGAUGUGUCCGUAACAAGUGGCGGCACUGCGAUCGAGGGCAGUGACGUGUAUCUUGUUAGCGGCCAGACACGGAGCAAGUUCUACUCAUCUGACCGCUUUAUUGACGAGAACAUCUACUGUGCUACCAACUCUGGAGGAACUGUUAACGCUUGUUGGCUCCGCCCGAACCACCAAGCGACAGAGAAGAGCUCUGGGGGUCCUUUCUUCCGUGAUAUCAGCUCUAAUCCCUCUGGAUCUUACAAUGCAUUGACUUACUACAUGAAUUCGGGCCAUGUUCAAACCGAAUCCUACCGAACGGGGUUCCAUGGACCAUAUGUAUUCUCUAUGACUCGAAGUGGCAGACCUACGCCUUCCUCAGUCGAUGUGACAUUCUUCGACAGCCUGGGACUGAAUGGAUAUGUUCCAGUCUCUGGAAAGCGCGGCUAUGUUACUGGAUCAGUCUCAGGAGUUUCAACUAGCUUUCCCCGGGUAGUUCAUUGGCACAAUUCCAACUAUCAGUUCUGGGCUACUGCGAGCUCGUCAGGAACCUUCACUUCACCACCAAUGCCCGCAGGAAGCUAUACUAUGAAGCUUUACCAGGAUGAAUUUCUUGCUGCCACGCAAACUGUCACCGUCUCCGCAGGAAGCACCGCAACAGCAAACAUUGCGGCCACCCACAGCGCGCUAACAGCAUCAAGAACCACCAUUUUCAAAUUGGGAGACUACGAUGGCCAGCCUACUGGUUUCCGCAAUGCUGAUAACCAGUUGCGCAUGCAUCCAUCUGACUCCAGGAUGUCGAGCUGGUCCCCUGGCACCGUCUCGUCUGGCUCGGCAUCAAAUUGGCCGAUGGCUAUGUUCAAGGAUGUAAACAACGGACAGUCAAUCUCUUUCUCCCUCUCCAGUGCCAUUUCACAGGCAACCACCCUGCGCAUUGCUAUUACCUUGUCUUUCGGAGGAGGUAGACCUCAAGCAAGUGUCAAUGGGUAUACAUGCUCAGCCCCAGCUGCUCCCACCAAGAUCGAUAGCCGUGGAGUCACCAGAGGUGCUUACCGUGGUUAUGGAGAAAUCUAUGAGUGCACUGUUCCAUCUGGAACCCUCGUCAGCGGUUCGAAUACCGUUACCAUCAAUGUAAUUUCCGGUACAUCUGGUGAUGCCUAUCUCAGCCCCAACGUGAUCUUUGAUGCGAUUGAGUUGUUUUACUAG